CAAUUUUCAAUUUUUAUUGAGCUGCAAAGAAUAAAACAAAAACAACCAUAAGCAUUGGCAACGCGAAUACACGAAAAUUACUUAAUUAUAUUUAAUUAUGCUGACGGUCGCGUAUAAUAAAUAUAAUUGAAGAGCUACAAAUAUGAUAAACUGCCUUGGCCUAUGAUUAAGCCAAGUUUGAGCCCUAAUUGGAAACGAACAAGUUAACGAGACUCCACAAUUCAUAGCCAAACUGGCGGAUUAAAAAGACUGCAAACUGCCGCAAUGGAACAGCAAACUAACAACAUGAACAAUAACAAUGACAAUAACAAUGGUUACCUCAAUCCCGCCUAUGUCGGCUCCACAAUCUCCGUACCGGGGCAAUAUAAGACGCAAGGUGAAGGUGCUACGCCUACAGCCACACCCACUCCCAAGCCAAUUUCAAAUGGUCUAAAAAGCAGCGAGGCCCAAGAGGAUUUGGAACAGGGCGAGAAGCGAGCUGCCUGGAAUAAUGACAUUGAAUUUCUCAUGUCCUGCAUUGCUUUGAGCGUGGGCCUGGGCAACGUUUGGCGGUUUCCCUUCAUUGCCUUGGAGAAUGGCGGUGGCGCCUUUCUGAUACCCUAUCUUAUCGUACUGGUGUUGGUGGGCAAACCUGUGUACUAUCUGGAAAUGUUGCUGGGACAGUUCUCCAGUCGUGGCAGCGUCAAGGUCUAUGAUUUUUCCCCCAUUAUGAGAGGUAUUGGCUAUGGUCAAGUGCUGGCCACGGGGAUUGUUACAACAUUUUAUGCCACCUUAAUGGCGCUCACGCUGCGCUAUUUUGUUGAAUCAUUUUAUUCCACACUGCCCUGGAGCUACUGUCGCGAGGAGUGGGGCAGCAGUUGUUUGGAUUCGGCACCGCAGCAUGAGGACGACACCACGGUGAGUGGCAAUCAUUCAACGAUACGCACCACCUCAGCGGAGUUUUACUUCAAUAAAAUAGUGUUGCACGAGAAGGAGAGUAUUGAUGAUGGCAUUGGCUAUCCCAGCUGGAGUUUGGCUUUGACUUUGGCCGCCGCCUGGAUCAUUAUAGCCAGCAUUAUGUUCCGUGGCGUCAAGAGCUCUGGCAGAGCCUCCUACUUCUUGGCGAUAUUUCCCUAUGUGGUAAUGUUGAUACUCCUCGUCCGCGCGUUGACGCUGCCUGGCGCCCUGGAUGGCGUCGUGUAUUUUUUGAAGCCACAGUGGCACAAACUGAUCGAGCCGCAGGUUUGGUAUGCUGCAGUUACUCAGGUCUUCUUCUCGCUGGCCAUUUGCUUUGGCAACAUUGUCAUGUACUCUUCGUACAAUCGUUUUGGCCACAAUAUAUACAGAGAUGCGAAUAUUAUUACCACCUUGGACACAUUCACAUCACUGCUCUCUGGCAUCAUUAUCUUUGGCAUCUUGGGCAAUCUGGCGUAUGAGAAUAAUACCACAGAUAUAUCGAGUGUAGUCAAUGGUGGACCCGGCUUGGCUUUCAUCUCGUAUCCCGAUGCUAUAUCAAAGUUUAAGUUGCUGCCACAGGUCUUCUCGGUUCUCUUCUUUCUGAUGCUCUUUGUGCUGGGCAUUGGCAGCAAUGUGGGCAUGGUCUCCUGCCUGACCACCGUGCUCAAGGAUCAGUUCACAAAGCUUAAACAAUGGCAGAUUGUGUUGCCCAUCUCGAUUGUGGGCUAUCUCUUGGGUCUGAUGUAUAUAACACCUGGUGGUCAAUUUUUGUUGAAUCUGUUGGAUUUCUAUGGCGCCACUUUUGUUGCAUUAGUUUUGGCCAUCUUUGAACUGUUGGCCAUUGGCUGGGUGUAUGGUGUUAAGCGCGUCUGUCGUGAUGUGGAAUUCAUGCUGGGCAUCAAAACUUCCAAGUAUUAUCGUAUCUGUUGGGCGGUCAUAACACCGCUCCUCAUGACCAGCAUAUUGAUCUACAUGCUGGCACUUUAUGAGCCCUUAAAGUACAAGGACUACACAUAUCUGCCAGGCAUUUAUGUCUUUGGCUGGUGUCUGAGCGCCUUUGGUGUCGGUCAGCUAAUCUUCUGGGCAAUACCAGCCGUGAGGCGGCAACCCGUCGACCUUAGUCUUUGGCAACGCAUACGUAAAGCCUUUGAGCCGCUACCCGAUUGGGGACCCAGCGAUCCCAAAACCCUGGAGCGCUAUCAACUCUUCAUGGAGCAAGCGAAUACGGAGACAAUGUUCCAACGCAACGGUAUCUGCCACAAAAUAUAUGACAAUAUCUUUGGUUAACGAUAUAAACGAAAAAAGCUGUAGAUAUGAAUGCUGGCGAGCUACCAGCUUAAUAUGUGUUCAAAAAGCUAACGGCUACUAAUAUGUGCUGUUGUACAACACAACCCUUUUAUAUAAUAAAAAAAUCCACGGCUAAAGUGCCAAAUGUAGUUGCUGCGCCAGUUAGCCUAAAGCAACGAGCCCCCGUUUAACAAUCCAGCUAGCGAUGUGCUGCAAGUCGGCUAUCCAAGAUGGAGUUAGAAUAGAGUAGCAUAUAAUACAAGCAAUACUUGACGAAUUUACGUUCUUUACAUUCUUAUUUAAAAAUAAAUUAUUAUAAUUACA